GGCAAGGUUCUACAGUGUCACAGGUGUCAUCCUGUCCGUCAUAAGUAUGGGAAUGAUGAUCGCUGUCGCUUUCUGUUUCCGCAUGAGGUCAUCAAAGCAUCCUCAUUUGAUCCAGACACUAACUCCGUGGUUUUGAUGUGUCACAACACAAAUGUGAAUUACCUCAAUCCAUAUAUCUUGGUGUUUUGUAGGCACAACCAUGACAUUAAAUGCAUAUUAUCUGGUCAAGGUGCCAAGGCUGCUAUGUUCUACAUUUUUGACUACAUAACAAAGAUGGAUGUCAAGACUUAC